CAUGAGUAUUCACCUUGUUGAAUGAAAACAUUCUUUAAUUGUGAUUGUUUCUGUUGUCAGGAGUUGAUGCCCGGAGGUGUCAAUUCACCGGUGCGUGCAUUCGAAUCAGUUGGUGGUCAACCUCUUAUAUUCGAUUCAGUCAAGGGCUCACACAUGCGCGAUAUAGAUGGGAAUGACUAUAUAGACUACGUCGGCUCAUGGGGACCCGUAAUCAUUGGCCACGCAGAUGAUGAGGUACUUGCAGCCUUAGCCGCAACCAUGAAAAAAGGAACUAGCUUCGGUGCACCAUGUCUUCUACAGAAUCAACUAGCCGAGAUGGUAAUCGAAGCUGUACCCAGUAUAGAAAUGGUUAGAUUCGUCAACUCUGGCACAGAAGCUUGUAUGGGUGUGCUUCGGCUCGCUCGUGCUUACACCAACAAACAAAAAAUCAUAAAAUUCGAAGGUUGUUACCACGGUCAUGCCGAUGCGUUUCUCGUUAAGGCGGGAAGUGGUGUUGCAACUCUUGGACUUCCCGACUCACCCGGUGUUCCAAAAGCAGCAACCUCCGACACCCUAACAUCACCCUAUAACGACAUUGAAACCGUUAAAGAAUUAUUCAAUACCAACAAAGGAGAAAUUGCUGCGGUUAUACUCGAGCCCGUGGUUGGGAACUCCGGUUUCGUUACUCCUAAACCCGGGGUCUUAAACUUCCUCCGUGAAAUCACCAAACAGAACGAUUCUCUCCUCAUAUUUGAUGAAGUUAUGACUGGAUUCCGUUUAGCUUACGGUGGGGCCCAGGAGUAUUUUGGUAUAACUCCGGACUUAACAACGUUAGGAAAGAUCAUCGGUGGUGGGCUUCCGGUGGGUGCUUAUGGUGGAAGGCGAGAUAUUAUGGAAAUGGUGGGUCCAACCGGACCAAUGUACCAAGCCGGUACAUUAAGUACCUUAACUUGUGACCGGUUUUGGUGAUGUCAUUUUGCUUUGUAAAAAAAACUUCUAACGAUGCUUCCGUUGAAAAUACUGGAGUCUUAGAUGUGACGAAAUGUACGAGGCCAGUAUUGAUCAAUAUGGGUUCCGAUCUAAAGAUUUAAUUUGUUUUUACAUGACAUGUUGGUUUG